AUGAUCGCCCUAAGCCAUUUAAUGUGGCUUUCCCACAUUCUUCCGGCCGUUGCACUCACUAUCACCGUGCCUGCUCCAACGACUCCCUCUUCGGCUCCGCUCUCGGGUUGUAGUUCUGAGAACUUGAUUAAGGAUGUGGGUUUUGAGAGUAUUGAUCUCGACGAUAGUGUGUGGACUGUCCUGCCGCCAAACGGCGGUGCCGCCCUUGAUGGAUACCUGCAUCUGGGUGCCGAAGCUAUCCAAUCGCAGACCCUGUUGACCCAGACGGUUACCGGCACCAUUGCAGAAGAGAGUUAUACUGUCUCUUUCGAUCUCCGCCAGACAGCUGACUCAGGUGUUGACAGUCCAACUUGUGCAGUGAAUCUCCUACUCAAUGGUGCAGAUGUUGGCACUAGCACUCUGACAGCUGGUUCCUGGAAGACCAUCUCCAAACAAUGGACAGCUGUUAGCUCAGAAGUCGACAUGUUCAUCCUAAUUGAUUGCCCCAAUGUGACGAUAUCGGGCGCGACAGUGGAUGUGACCAACAUCUCGUUCGAAAAAAGCUGUGGUUCAUCCACCUCAACCAGCAUCUCGGUCCCUAUCAAGACACCAUCGGGCUCACCUGAGGCUACUAGCGCUCCGCUCGCUUCUUCUGUCUCCCCGCCUGGCCAUCCCAGCUCUGAAGGAUUGGGAUCUUCAUCGCACGUCUCCUUGGUCUCACCAAGUAGCACCGUAGACCGUAUCACCUUCACAACUACUAUCACCGGGCCGGCAAACCCCUCCUCCAGCAGUGCCAUUGAGUCCUCAGCCUCAACCCCUGAGGCACCAGCAUCUUCCGAGUCCACCGCGCUAACAACCCCUGCCUCCAUGGAGCCCACUAGCUCCUCCCCAGCUGGAACCCCUACGCCGGAUAUGACUACCUCUACUAUCUUCACCACCCGCACUGCUACUAUCACAGCCUGUCCCUCGACUGUCACUAAUUGCCCAGCUACCGACAAGACAACUCAUAUUACAACCGAAACUAUCGUCAUCUCAACCACCGUCUGCCCUGUUGAGGAUGCAACCACCACUGCCGAGGGGUCCAGCCCUACCGGCCCAUCUGGAAACGGCAACGACUAUACAAUCUCAACAAUCCUUUCAACCAGAACCGUAACUCUAACCCAGUGCCCGGCAACAGUGACCGAUUGCCCAGCCCACGACCAGACGACACACACCACGACAGAGACUGUCGUUGCCGGUACCACUUCGGUCCCCAUCAACACCGCCAUUACCACCACGGCACCCAGCGCAGUGCACACAUCAUCUAUUCCAGUGCAAACAACGGCUAUUGUCAUUAGCACCGAGACAAACAUCCCGACUGCGUACUCUGUUAUCACCGUCACAGGCACCACUACUACCAAUGGAGGGGUUGUUGGUGAGACUGGUGUUUCUCGCGUUGGUGGAAAUGCAUCUGGUUCAGGAGUAUCGGCGGGCGAGGGCGAGAGUGAAAGUGAAGGCUCGACCAGCUCUAGCUCUAGCCCUAGCGUCUCCGCUGGUAACAACGCCAGCCACAUCUCCAGCCUGCCCAGCAUCACACGCACACGCAUCAGCUCAGCUACACCUUCAAGCCUCGUCGGCAUCCACUCAGCCACGGCCAAAGUUUCCUCCGUCACAGCCUCCUCUCCUACUAAUGCAAGUGCAGGUGCAGGCACAGGCAUAGGCAUAGGUUCGGGUUCUACCACCGAAGGCAGCAACUCAGCAAGUGCAUCACCUGUGUUCAAUGGUGCUUCGUCCUCCACUGUCCCUGGCAUCCUGUCUGCUCUUGGUGCUAUUGCCGCUCUCGCGCUUUUCCUCUGA